CGCACUCGGAGCGCCGGCCACCGGGCCCGGCCGCGGAUGGACGCGCCUUCGUCUCCGAGGAAGCUGCAGGGCCCGCGACCGCCGCGGCUCAAAGUGCGGCAGGAGUCGCACGCCAUCAAGAAGCCCUCCGGGGCGCCCGAGCAGUCCCAGGCGCAGGGGCAUGGCCGGCGGGAGCAGCAGCGAGGGCAGGAGGUGCGCGUCGACGCCAAUCGCAGGAACUUCAGGGAGGUUGUGCAGUAUCUGACCGGUGGCGUUCCAGCCUCCGACUCGAUUGUGCAGCAGCUAGUGGGUCAAGGGUCUGCAUCUCAGACCCAGGACUUCCAGAUCGUCGAGGCCGUGGAGGGGCUGCCGCGGGAGCUGCUGCUCUCGCCUUCCGCUGCAGUGUCCCCGGCGGCGAGGCUGGCAUCCAUCGAGAGGUCCGUCCGGCCAGUGCCCGCACAGCAGCCGGAAGUCAUAGACUUGACGGACGACAGAUUCGAUGACGGCGGCCUCGUGGCGGUUGUCGAUGAUGACUGGCUCAGUUUGAGGUGCGCUUCGCCGCCGUCGCCGCCGCCGCCAGAAUCGACCUCGGGGCAGUUCUCACCGCAAGGUCAGAAAUCAGCCAAGCAGCGUUCGCAAACAGUCAGUGAUAUCAGCCAUUCACAGGUCAAGCAAGCGCGUCAGACCAAGAAGAGAAUUCAACAACUACAGGCUCCUGUCUGCGCUAUGGCGGACGCCAUGUUCAGGCUCCCAGAGAAGCUGGACGGGUUACUGUCCAGCCAUGGCCAAAUGCUGCCCCGGGGCGUGGAGGAGGAGAUACCUCUCAUCAAGCAAGAUCUGGAGAAGAUGGUUGCCAUUCUCCAGCAGCACGAUGACUCCGGAGCAGAGGACUGUGCUAUGACGGCCAAGUGCCUGGCCAAGGAGGUGCGCGAGCUCUCAUACGACAUGGAGGACAGCGUCGACCAGUACGAGCAGGCCGCCACCACCAGUAGAUGGAUAGCUCCCCGCCUUAAAAAGCACAAGUUUGCUCGUCGUAGAGUUACACGGCUUCCGGAGAAACUCAGGUGGCGGCUAUGGAUGGCCAACAAGAUGAGGGAGUUCAGCUUGCGCUCGCAGGAGGCGCUUCAGCGGUACAGCUUGUUUAACCACCAUGGUGACAAUGGCAUCAGAGCUGCUGCCAUUGGUGGCACUGGCAGCAGCACUCCUCCUAGACAUGAUACGUGUUUUGGCUCUUGGUACCCCACGCCGUAUGAGGAGCUUGUUGGUAUAGGUGAACAUGUGAAUAAUCUUGAAGCGUGGCUGGGUAGGGAUGGAGAGCAGAGGCUCAAGGUGGUGACUGUUGUUGGAUCUGGAGGGAUUGGUAAGAGCACGCUUGUCAAAGAGCUGUACCGUAGAAUCAGAGGGCAAUUCGAGUGCCGGGCAUUUGUGAGGACGUCCCGGAAGCCUGACAUCAGGAGGCUUCUCAUCAGCAUGCUCUCACAAGUCCGGCCACACCAAACCUCUCACACUUGGAAAUUGCAUAGUCUAAUUGCCGACAUCAGGACACAUCUCCAAGAUAAGAGGUACUUGAUUGUAAUUGAUGAUGUAUGGGCUACGCAAACUUGGGAUAUAGUUAGCCGUGCCUUGCCAGAUGGUAAUCUUUGCAGUGGAGUACUUAUAACUACAGAAAUAGAUGAUGUAGCUCUGAAAUGUGGUGGUUAUGACUCUAAGUAUGUUCUUCCGAUGAAACCACUUGGUCACGAUGAUUCAAGCAAAUUAUUUUUCAGAACAGCUUUUGGUCCACAAUAUGAAUGUCCUCCAGAACUCAGUGAUGUUGCAAAUAAUAUAAUAAGGAAAUGUGCUGGUUUCCCAUUAGCAGUGGUUACUGUUGCUGGUCUUUUAGUAAACCAGAUGGGCAAACCAGAGCAGUGGGAUUUUGUGAAUAAAUCCUUAGGUUAUGGUUUGAGGAAAAAUCCUGCUCCAGAGGGGAUGAAACAAGUACUAAACCUUAGUUACAACAAUCUUCGUCUGCAUUUGAAGGCAUGCCUGAUGUAUCUCAGUAUAUAUGAAGAGGACUACAUAAUUCAGAAGAAUGAUUUGGUAAAGCAAUGGAUAGCUGAAGGAUUUAUCCAUGCGACAGAAGAGAAAGAUAUGGUGGAAAUAUCAAGGAUAUGUUUUGAUGAGCUCAUCAGUAGCAGAAUGAUCGAACCUGUACAUAUAAAUGACACCGGUGAUGUUUUGUCUUGCACAGUGCAUCACAUGGUACUUGAUUUUAUUACACACAAGUCCUUGGAAGAGAAUUUCGUCACUGCAAUAGAUCAUUGUCAGACAACUGCACGACUCGCAGACAAAGUUCGUCGGCUGUCUCUUCACUUUGGUAAUGCAGAAGCGACGCCACCAACAAAUAUGAGACUAUCACAAGUUCGCACUCUCGCAUAUUUCGGGGUAAUCAAGUGUUUGCCUUCCAUUGUGGAGUUUGGACUUCUUCAAAUUCUAAUCCUGCAUCUUUGGGGCGAUGAUGAUAGCAUCAGUUUUGAUCUCACUGGAAUAUCUGAGCUUUUUCGGCUGAGAUAUUUACACGUCACAUGUAAUGCCACCUUGGAAGUACCACAAACUCAGAUACGAGGUCUACGAUAUUUGGAGACACUGAAAAUAGAUGCAAGAGUAAGUGCUGUUCCAUCGGACAUUGUUCAUUUGCCGGGCUUAUUGCACCUAAGUCUUCCUGUUGAGAUAAAUCUGCCCAAUGGUAUUGGCCGCAUGACAUCACUUUGCACACUUGAAUGUUUUGAUAUAAGUGUUAACUCAGUAGAGAAUGUGCACAGCCUUGGUGAGCUGACAAAUCUUCAUGAUCUUCGACUCACCUGUUCUACAGUACAUUCUUGUUAUCUAACGAGCAAAAUGGAUAGUAUGUGUUCCAUUCUGACGAAACUCAGCAACCUCAGGUCUCUAACUCUGGAGCCUUCAAGUAUUCUGGAUGUUGGACCUUCAAGCAUGAGCAUUUCCUGUGACGGGUUGAGCAGUGUAUCCUCUCCUCCAGCGUGUCUUCAGACGUUUGAGUGGUUGCCGCGCAUUUGCACCUUCUCCAGCCUCCCCAAGUGGAUUGGACGUCUCAGCAAGCUCUGCAUUUUAAAGAUUGGGGUUAGGAAACUAGCGAACAAUGAUUUUGAUAUUCUCAGAGGAUUGCCUGCACUCACAGUUUUGUCGCUGCAUAUCCGAACAAAGCCUGCAAAAAGGAUUCUCUUCAAUAAGAUAGGAUUCUCAGUUCUCAAGUACUUCAAGUUCAGGUGCCGUGCACCUUGGCUGGAAUUUGAGGUGGACGCAAUGCCUAAUCUUUUGAAACUCAAGCUACGUUUUGAUGCCCAUGGAGUAGAUCAACAUGGUACUAUACCUGUUGGCAUCGUGCACUUAACAGGCCUGAAGGAAAUGUCUGCAAAAAUUGGGGGUGCUGGUGCCAAUGACCCUGAUAGAAGGGCUGCAGAAUCAGCUUUGAUUGAUGCUAUUAAGAUGCAUCCGGCAUGUCCCACCUUGAGCAUACAUUGUUUAGAUGCGAUGUUCAGUGGUGAAGAUGAUGAUAUCAAGAAGGAAGACUCAAUUGAACACAUGACUCUGCAAAAGCAAUACGAUGUCAAGAAGGAAGACUCAAUUGAACACAUGACUCUGCAAAAACAAUAUGGUAUCAAGAAGGAAGACUCAAUUGAACACACGACUCUGCAAGAACAAUAUGAUAUCAAGAACGAAGACUUAAUUGAGCACAUGACACUGCAAAUACAAAAUGAUAUCAAGAAGGAAGACUCCUAUAAACAGCACGGAUUUCUUCAAAAGGACUACAGGAAGACCCUGCCCAAGUGGAGCACACAGGUAAGGGUGAGCUCCUUGCAGGAUAUUGAGGGUCACGAUGAUGGCUUCAGCUGGAGGAAGUAUGGUCAGAAGGAUAUCCUCGGCUCCAGGAACCCAAGAGGUUACUACCGAUGCACGCACCAUAACACACGGGGCUGCCAAGCAUUGAAGCAGCUGCAGGCCACAGAUGGCGACCCACUCUUAUUUAAUGCCAUCUAUGUCGGGAACCACACAUGCACUCAGGGCGCGAACUCGCAGCCACAGCCUGGGUAUGAGCAGAGCUCCAUCUCUGUGGGGGACAAGGCUGAGGGGAGCAUUCAGAGGCUUGAGAAGAUGCCGCCACGGAGGUCCAAGCGAAGCAUACAGGUGAGGGUGAGGUCCAUGCAGGACGACUAUCCGGCAGAUGACGGCUAUAGCUGGAGUAAGUACGGCCAGAAGGACAUUCUCGGGUCCAAGCACCCAAGAGGUUACUACCGGUGCGUGCACAGGCCCGAAAAGGGCUGCGAGGCAACCAAGCAGGUGCAGCGAUCGGACAGCGACACACAGCUCUUUGACGUCGUGUACCACGGGGAGCACACAUGCGCUGAGAAUGUGCAUUCGCGGGGUGAGAGUGCGCGUUCACUGCCGCAUCAUGUCUCUGUCUCCGCGGGGGUCAUACCUCCAGCGACGUCUGAGAGCCAGGUUACCUAUGAGGCGGUCAGCAGCGGAAGUACAGCCGGGAUCCACUUCAUGUCCCCGGCAACGUCUGCGGGUAGCCAGGUUACCUACGAGAGUGGCAGCAGAAGUACGACAACGGGUCGAUUCAUCUCCCCGGGGAUGUCAGAGAGCCAGGUUGCCUACGCCGAAUUUUGGACUUGGCCCAAUAAUGUUGACUUUAUGCUGAACUCCCCGAUAAACGAAAGGCUGGACCUGAAUGCUGAUUUUGUGGAUGAAACUGGCCCUUCUGACUUUGACUGAAUAUGCUAACACCGGUCCAAGGACAAAUAUAACAAUGCUUUCUGGGAAAUUCCAGAUUUCCUGAGCAACGAACCGAGGCUGGAAAACCUAUAUAUGUUGCCUGCUUUUAUCCGAAGCUGUCUGUCUGAUGACAGUCAGGAAUUCAACAACCAAUUCAAGCUGCAGGAGGUUUGAUGUGCGAAUAACUGGAUUCCUAUACCUGAAGCUGACAUAGGACUGCAAGGUCAGCUUUUUAUUUGCAUAUAUACUCAUCUUGCCCGUGCUUUCCGUAGGUGCUAAUUGGAUUAUGAUACUCUUACAUACAUUGUACCAGCUGUAAACUUAGUUAUUCAGGACUGAACAUAUGUAUUUUGUGACAUUCUCUGUAAGUUAAUUCCCACUUUUCUAGUACAAAUGUAAUAAUGAUAUUUAAGUGUUAAGACACUUCUCUCA